AUGUUUAGACAAUUAUUAACUUCGGUUUAUUCUAAAAGAUUUCAACAAUUUAAAUGUGUAAAAACUUUAUCCUUUCACAUUUACCCAUUAAUUCCAAUAAAAAAUGAUCAAAAACGUUUAUAUCAAAUAUCUAAAAAAUCGAAUUAUGAUAAUUCAAAUAUCAUUUACACUGGUCCAUUAGCUCAAACUGCGAAAAAAUUAAAGACUUUUUCUAUAAUUACUUUGGCCAUUACCUUCGCUAGUACUCCUAUAUUUUUUAUGGUGGAUACUGCUAUGGUUUCAAGUGCUCGAGUAAUUAUGGUAUUAUUUUUAAUUUCGACAAGUGCCGCAUCUACUGGUCUAAUUCAUUGGUGCGUCUCUCCUUAUGUUUCAAGAAUUUAUCAUAAUUUAUCUUCAAAAAAUAAUCAUGAAAAUGAAAAAUCUGAAAAAGUAACAACUUCAAUUACACCCGAUUCUUUUUUAACUUUUGAAACACUUAACUUGUUUGGAAAACCUCAUUUUACAACUCUUCAAGUUAAAUCACUUGAACCAUCUACUAGAAUUUUUACAAAUUGGAAAGUUAAGAAACAAUUCGAAAAUAAUAUUUUUGGAUUAACGAUGUCUGAAAAAAAAACAAAUGCAAAACGUCUCUUUUAUAUACAUCCUGAAAUACGCGAAAAUAAUUUGAUGCUACAAUUCUUUAAUUCCUUAAAUUAA